GGCACCAGCUUGCGCUACUUAGCACGGCGCCUUCUGUGCCAUGCCGGGCACGCGAGAUGUCGAGUUUCCAAAGUCAUGGUUUGAGGAGGCGUUCGGGGUGCAGGAAGGUCGGUAUCGGGAGAUGCGCAGCGACUUUGAGGCGGCAGCAGGCUUGCUGAUUUGCAAGCCCACAGGGAAGAUGUUCCAAGCUGGCGCUCUGCGGACUCCGACUUUGGCCGAGUUGAGAUCCCAGCUGAACACGGCUCGACAGGAGGGCAACGGUGAGUACUACAACUCCGGGACCUUGAAGUUCUCCAACGUGACCAGUGAUUCGCUGAGCCUCCACCAGGACCCGCGCAAUGCCGGCAGUGUCUUCCAGGUGUGCUCGCUCUUCAACUGUUUGGAGACCGUGGAUGGCUACCAUCCAGAGGACGGCAUCACGCACUACUGCAGCCAGGCAACCCAGGGAUCGGCUUCAGCUAUUGCCUGUCCGGCGGCCACAUUCUUUAGGAACUACUUUGUACAUACCACAGGACAAGGAGCGGGUGGCAGACCGGUGGACCUGCUGGAAGAGUUGUCCAACGUAGUGCAGAAUGACAAGAAUGGCUACUGGACUGUGAAGCAUGGCCACUGCCUGCCACGGGUGGACGGCAGCAUCGCCAGGACACCCAUGGGUUGCAAAGCGACGUCAUUCAUCGGGCUUUGGCUGAACCAGCGCUUGGCCUCAGACCCUGAGCUGGAAGCGCGGGCUCGAGAAGCCGUCCAGGUCGGGGUGCACUGGGAGACGGAGGUUUCACAGGUCGCGCAUCAAGUUUGCCAAGUCUUUUGCGGCGCGCUGCCAGUGGGCUAUUUGAAGGCAGUGAAAGCCAACGAGUGGUCCACGUUCGCAAAGGUAGUCCUGCAGGCCGCCUUCGAAGCCACGCUGACGGUGGCUUCGUGCCUUGCCGCCCGCAGGGGCACCAGGAUCAAGGUGUUCUUAACUGCCCUUGGGGCUGGAUCGCUGAGCAACCGGGUGACCUGGAUUGCAGGUGCCUUGGAGCGUGCGCUGGAGGGCUUCUGCUCGGAGCCGCUGGAUGUGGCGCUGGUGCACUUCGCCGGAGCCCUGCCAGACUUCGACCGCCUGGAGGCUGGCAGGCGCUCGACACCUCGGCUCAGGCCCGUCACACCCACGCCUUCCCUGGGUCUUAGUCAGAUGCGGGACUUGGACGAGCAGCCGGAGGAGGAUUUGGUGGCGGUGAUGAGGACAGCGUUUGCUUGCCAUGAUCUCAAUGGUGACGGCGUCCUGGACCGCUCUGAGUUCUUCAGCAUGCUGCACAAAGUUGACGAUUCGUUUUUCACGCCCCAUGUGGUCGACAUCCUGCUGAAGGAGGCUGAUGCUGAUCAAGAUGGGAAGAUUUACUAUCACGAGUUCGUGCGAUGGAUUUGUCAGGAGGAUGAAGAAAUUGUGAAGAGAGUCUUGCACUAAUUCGACUUGAGCUAAGCUCUGCAAGCAGAGAGAGAGAGGGAGAGAGAGCGUGGCGAGCCCCGGUUGGCCAAAGUAGCAACGGCACAGCUCUCAGACUCUCCUUCGAUUCGGUCCACUCGAUGCAUUCUCCCGCCCGAGGCGGGAGUGAGCCAGAAAAGAGCGU